AUUUGGCGGGCACUCGUGACGUCACUAUUGUGCGCAAGCCACAGUGACCACAACAAUGGCCGCGGUUGACGGCCGACGUCUUAAUCUCGAGGAAUUUGUCGGACUAAAUUGGAGUUGCUGGGUGGACGCUGUCAAUAUUUUAACAUCAGACGCUGGGACGUGUCCACAAGGAGCCAGCAAGUAUGCCAGGAGGUGUCGUGAGCACAUGAGCCUCUGGAAAGAAGACAUGCACAUAUAUGGCGAGUGUCCCUCCCGUGACAACUUCUACCUAGUGGUGUGCAGCCACUGUGGCCAAGUGGUGAAGCCGCAAGCCUUUCAGAGACACUGCGAGAGGCGACACAGCCUCCUCCCCAAGACAUGUGCACAGUGGCGUAACUUGGCCCCACAACCGCGACCUCGACCGGGCUUUCCUGUCAACCUUUCCCCUUCCACAGAGGAUGUUGGACAUCUGGCAGAAGUGACUUUGGGCCCCAACACGGCCUCCCCUUGCCACCAAUACAAGUCUGUCAACAGCCAAAAGGAAGAUGCGAGCCUGUCUCCAGCAGUGAACUUGCCCCUUCCUCACCAGUCUGCUUCCACACUUCAGAAUGGGGGACUUACGUCUCAGGCCCCAGGCCUCGGUUGUUCCUCAUACGUCACUAUCUCAUCCUCAAAAAGAGCCCCUACGCUUGCAGCUGAGCGCUUAAGUGGUUCUCCUGCUCCCCCUCUGCAGGGAACAAUAACCCACAGCCGGAUUUGCACAAACUCUGAAAUGCAUGAAUGUGACUUGAAGAACCCAAGUUGUGCACCUGAACCACAAGGAAAGAAAACACCCUGCAAACGAGUAUGCAAUACUGAAAGUGCCUCGGUGGCCUUGAAGCGGCGUGCUGGAGGUCGACAUGUGGAGCAGCAUCAUGUGGACAAACAGAAAUUAACAAAUGUGAAAAACUGCCACAUUCUCAGGGCUACAUCAAAACGGUUUCCAGAAGACGAGGCGGGUGGCACCGUCAGAGUGGAGGUCCAAACCCCGUACCCCUUCAAUCAGGGUCUCCUUUCCAGCGAGGAGAACGAGGAUAAUGAGCGAGAGGACGCCACCGACCUGCCUGCAACAUCUUGGCACCCCAAACCUCUUGGUCUAUGCACUUUUGGAUGCCGUACGCUCGGAUGUAGCAUCUUCACCUUCGACCGACGCCUGCACCACUUGCGCUUUGCCCUUGCUGCCAUGUUGGAGCGCCAUGUAAGCACCCACCUGUGGAAGAAGAUACCACAAACGUCAUCAACUCUCAGGUCACCUCGUGUCGCAGGUUCUUCUGUCCAGAGUGGUCCCGGACGCUCCCCCAACCUCGCUGCUUCUACCUCACAGCUGGAACGCACACCUCAGGGUACCAAAGUGCCACCAUCGACCAGAGGUCAGGCCUCCGAUGGGAAAAAGUCGCACCAUCUUCUCAGCUCAAGCUCCAACCACAGGCCUCUUGGACAAAAGCGAAAAUGUGACGGUGACUCACAGUGUCAACGUUUGAGCCACCUUCCUUGCACCGAGUGCGUCUCUUGGACGGGAGAUGGCGUCAGAAAUCUGCGGUCAUGUGCCCCUGGCAAUGGAAAGACCUCUAAAAAAAGCACAAAAGAUGACUGGAAGAAGCUGAAGCCGGGUUACUCAUGAAGACCAGCCCCCAGUAGCAAAAAUUGAUCAGUAGUGGACCCCCACCUCCCCCCUCCACCCCACCACACGCUCAAAAAUGUUUUGAAUUGACUAAAUUUAUUGUUUGAACCCAACAAACUAUGACAACAAAACACUUUGAUAUAAUUUCAAACAAAUUUUACAUUGACUUCGUGAAGAAAUGCUUUGCAACAAUUCUCACAUUAAGUUGAAAAUGAAUGUUACUGAGCACUCCUCACAACAGCUAAUGACCAAAGUAGCCGCUACCAGCAGCAGCUGAUGCUAACACCCACUUAGCCGCUAACAGCAUCAAUUGCUGCUAACAACCACUAGUGGCCGCUAACGACAUCUAAUGACUGCUGACGACAGCCAACGACCCCUUACAACCGAGAGCAGCAAGUAACAACAGGUAGUGAUCGGCAGGAAUCGAAUAUGAUUAUGCUAGGGCACAAUAGGGAGCAAGUAUGCUGCAUACAUUUCGAAAAUGCAUCUUUUUGGAGAGUCCGUUGGUGUGGCCACUUUAGAGCGUCUUGUUUCGGUGAGGAAAAGCGCCAUGGCGGCCGACCUGGUGAGAUAUAUUCCAUCCGCCGGAGGCUUUUACAAUGUUAUUGCACUAUUCACCAGCGAAUAGUGAAAAUCUGAUGAUAAUUGACAGCUGUUAUAAUUGCGUUUAAGAAUUUUUUAAAUGAUUAAAAAAAAAAGCAACACUGACGACAAAACUGAAAAUCCAGGAUUAGUUGAAUCUGUGGGUGUCAUAAUCUGAGUAUUCAGUGGAUAGAGUAGCCAUAUAUGGCACUCAAGUAAGAGUAUGCUUACUUUUGAAUAAUAUGACUCAAGUAAAAUGUACACUUCCAAGUAUUUACUGUAGUGUGAGUAAAGAAAUACUCAGUGAAAAACUACUUGAGUAAGUGGCGAGUCCAAGAUGAAGUCAUUGUGACAGAGUAGAAAUACAGUAAAGCCUCGGUUCUCGAACGUCCCCCGUUUCAAACGAAAAUUUUGAGAUUUUUUCGCUUGUGUUUUUGAAAGAAAAUCGGUACUCAGACACCCCCACAAAACCCGAAAUAACAUAUUGUGCGAAGCCAGAUCAGUUUACCCACGACGCACUUUGUUUUGAAUCCCCAUACCACCGAAAAAAAACCCGAAAUAACAUAAUGCACUCGUCGCAAGCAGCUGACCCACCAACGAUGCGUUUUGUUAUUGCCAAUUAGAACGCCCCUGGAAAAAAAAAAACUGAAAUGACAUAACGCGCGCGGCGCAACUAGCUAACUACCUAGCCUAACUAACUAACUAGCCUCUGUACACAGACGUGUCCCAGUAUUACCGAGGACUACCGUAUUACCCCCAAUCAUGGCUCCAAAGAAGGCAAGUUGCUUAAGUUGCUAAAAAAAGCUUUUUUCCCCCUCAUUAUUAUUUAAAGUUAUUCUGCACUUUGGUUAACAAAAAAAAGUUUACAAGGCUGGGGGCCGAGUCGCUACAGAUACGGCAAUCCACUCCCAGCCUAGCGUACUCUACUACUAAAGCAUACAUUUUGAGCAAAAAAUAUAUUUCUUAAAUUAUUUUAUUAUGUAAAGUAAUUAAACUAUACAUGUGUUUCUACAGUUUAUUAUCAGGAAAAGCUAAAAAAAUGCUUUAAAAAGACAAAUUUUUUCAGCUUGGAACGCAUUAUUUCUUUUUCCAUUCAUUGUAAUAGGAAACAUCCAUUCUGUUUUUGAACAAAUCACUUCUCGAACCGUUUUCUGGAACGGAUUCUGGUUGAGAACCGAGGCAUCACUGUAUUGAUUCUUCUUAACAAAUAGUUGUUCCUUGAAAGUGCUGUGACAAAGACAGCCAUCCUUUUUCUGAACUGCUAAUCCUCACAAGGGUUGUGCGUGUUUGAGUGAGUGGCGGAGAACACCCUGAACUGGUUGCCAGUCAAUCACAGGGCACACAUACACAAACAACCAUUCAUACUCGCAUUCACACCUACAGACAAUUUCAAGUCUUCACCAACCUUUCAGUCAUGUUUUUGGAAUGUGGGAAGAAACUCAAUUUUGUACCUGGAGAAAACCCACGCAGGUGCAGGGAGAGCUUGCAAAUGCCACACAGACUCUUUACAAUACAGUCCAAUUUAUCCAAAAUAUUACUGAGUAAAUGUGGCCCGUUGCAUCUGGUGGUGGUCCACUGUAUAUUUUUUUGCAUCUCACCAGUAUGUAGUUGUACGAAUGUAAGAAAGAUGCUAAAUGAAUUUGCAUCCAUUUUUCUGUGGGUAGGAGUGAUAUUUGACGUGAGACGUGGUAUCGCUGUGCUCGGCGGACACGGUUUUAAAUCAUUCAAAUUUGCCAGAGUGUGCUAUGUCAAAUUUAGAAGACAUUUUCACACAACAGGACUUAAAACAAGUCCUGGUGACAGACCAAAAUCAUUCAAGACCACUCACGACUUCAGGGGACUCAUCUAUAUUUGGUGCCAGCGGCUAUUUCUCGAAAAGGCUUUGUGAAAGACUGCAGUGGUCUGUCUUAUAGUUGACGAGUCCUAACAACCCGUAACAAGUACAGAAGUGAAAACUCCUUGUUCGGAUACACUACAGGGGGGCAAAGGUCAUUGACAAAGGGGCUCAGCUUGAUUUUUAGUUACGUCUCAGCAGAUGAACAUAAAAAUACGUAGACAUCAUCAACAUGCUUAUGAAAUAAAAUUUUCAUUUCCUUUUUUUUGUUUUUUUUUUUACAGUCAGAAAUUAAAGGCUU